CCCGCCAUGAAGGAUCUUUUUUUUCUCGUUGGCGCCGGCUCGGCAGCCCUUCGAGUCACCGGACCUGCUCUUACUGUGUUGCUUUGAUUGAAAGAGAAGGAGACGCGCGUACUACACUAGAAGAUGCUAAGCAGCACAGCCAUUACCAGGGCUGAACGGAGGAGAGCGGGGCCCUGAGGACUUCAGCUGAAGACGCGGAGAUGCCUUCUGGGAAUAAGGACUUGCUCAGCUGUGUGGCGGCCACGGGUUUUCAUUCGCGAAGCACACAUCAUUUUUGCGAGGUUUGCACACACAAGACGGUCCGCAUCAACUUUCGGUCGCGCCAGGAUGAGUGACUCGGAGAUAGGCUCCGGUAAGGGCGGGCAGUCCAAACGCAGAAAGAUGAAAUCCCUCUUGUAAGCGCGGGCUUGGCAAUGGAUGGGACCUCCUGGACAUGAACGAACUUGGCUAAUACACCAGCGCCAGCAAAGGGGGCCUGUCGCGUGGAAAAGAGGAGCUGCUCAAGGGCCGGCUCGCGCUCGAGCACUCGCUCGGCCUGGGCCACAAACCCAACGUCAUCCCACCUGCGGAGCCGUGCACGAACGGCCCUCCGCGGACGGUCCUGAUCGGCUGGCACCCUGUGGGCGGGUCGGUGGGGAGAUGGUUUGCCGAGCAGACCAAGCUCGGCGUCUGGAUCACGGAGAAGGUGCACAAGUAUCCCGACCCGUCGCAGCACUGGGCGGUGCUGGUGGGCGACUACUGCCACGAGUUGUGGAUGGACGAGAAGCUCGACAUCAUCUACGUCAACGGGCGGGUCGACCAGGAGCAGUGGCAGACGUUCCGGGUCGGCGAGACGCGCUUCAACGACGAGGCGCUGCGGCAGGCCGGCGAGAUGGUCAUCUGGUCGAUGCGCAAGAAGAAGCGGGCGUAUAACCUCAUCAGCAACAACUGCCAGCACUUUGCGCUGCUCAUGCUGGACGCGAUACAGCUGGGGGCGGCGGAGCGGACCGAGUUCGCCACCACGCUCGCCGUCGUGCAGGCAGCGACGGGCUCGGGCAAGAUACGCGACCUGUUUGCAGAGAAACAAUCGCCCGGCGAGCAGCAGGCCGCGCUGGAGCGGGCCGACAAGGACAACCCCAUCGUGGCGUUGGCGAAGAGGCUGAUGGACCAGCACACAAAAAAACUGGAUAGUCAUCACCACGUCCGGUAACGGUAAUUCGACACCGCGCGGGUAGGUCGAGAUGCAGGGACAUGGCAACGUUGAAAUAAAUGUCGGCCUCUUCAAAUUUGUUGAAAACCUUAUGUGGAGUAUGUAAUCCGUAUUGUGCUCUGUAUGUAUGUAGUGUACUCUCCAGAUCGAUGCAUCAUGGUGUCGAGGGCAGUCAAGGGCCGUCGAGAGCGAGCGGCACCAAAACGGCAGCUUAGCGUAAGCGUCUGUGAGCGUUCGGGAACGGAGAGCAAACGCCGUUCUGAACCGUGAGACUGCCCAAUGGUUCGAUUCCAAGAACCGGAAGCCGGACAAGGUUUGGGGCGCGAGGAUCGACGCGCUCGACUGUGGUAGGUAUCUGCAUCCCUCCGAAAAGUUUCGGGCGCCACAAAGCCCAUGCUCUUGGGAUUCUUGAGCCGGCCGUGUGGGGACGCCGGAGCGACUCC